AUGAUGCCCCCAUUGCCAAAUAGCAUGAAAAAUAAUCCCUCACAGAAGUCGCUUGCUAAUUAAACCUACUAGAACAACGUUUCAUUCAACAAUUACUAGCCACCUUCUGUAAAUCAACUAUAUUCAGCUCAACAGAACAACAAUAUCCAUGAAAUGUUCUACCAAUCUCUCGGAAUGAAUGAAAAUAUGACUAUGCAGUCAUAAUAAAUGAAUCAAUUUCCAGAUAAUCAAAAUAGCAACAUGACUAUUAGAUAAUAAAGUUAGAGACAAUAAAUUGAGCAAGAUUCAGACACAUAGACUUAUUUUUCUUGCAACAACUAAACUAACCCAUCAAUUUCACAUUAUUAACAAAAUAUGCCUUUGCAAAGACCAAGUUAUAUCUCUCAAGAUUAGAGUAGAUUUAAUCAACAGCAACUGUAGUAGAAUACUGGCCGCACAAGUUUUAGAACCGCUAUGGAUGGUCCUACUAAUCAGUUAAAUAAUCCAAUUAAUGGGCAUUAACAAAGACCAUCAAUGUUUAUGGAUAUUCAAAAAGAACUAGAAGAAUUAAAAACUUUCGAUGAAAUUUUCGCUGAUUCUUAGAGAUAGGUCUCAGCUCCUACAUAAUAUAGAGGAGGUUAAGUUUAGCCAGUCCAAGGCAUAAAUUCUAACAUGCAAAGCAAUGCAAAAACACCUUAAGAAAAUACCUUAAACAGAGGAGACUUUAGAAUGAUGAAUAAUAAUACAAAUAACUAUUAGCCGAUGAUGAGCUCUAGCUUAAAAGCUUAGUUAGAAUAAACCAAUAAUUUCGCGCCAUAAAAUAAAGAGCUGCUUACUAUUACUGUCGAUAUAGGUGAUGGCACCUCUUAAAGCAUUCUAAUUAGGGAAAAUGAUGAUCCUUUUAUUUUGGCUUCUUAGUUUGCACAAUAAUAUGGGAUAAAUGAAUAAUUAAGAGACUUACUUGCUGAGUAAAUUAGAGUUAAUAUUGAUUCAGUAAUUUAGGAAGAUGCCCAAACUUACAAUAACUAAAACUAAUCAUCUGGGCAACAAUAAUUUAACUAAUAUUUAAGUGAAUCAAAAUAGUAGUAGUAAUAAGACUAACAUGUUUAUGAUUUGCAAUAUUAAGAUCCAAUGAGCUUUACUUAAACACUAAAUAGUAAUCCUAAUGGCUCAUUUGAUACAGCAGGUAUUAGAGCAGAAGGAAGCUUCAUGCAUCAGCAAAAUAGUAAUAACAAUUUAAACAGCUCUUUUUAAAACUAGAGUAAUCAAAGACCAUACGAAUAUCACAACUAGAAUACAAACCAACUCAACAAUAUUAGUAACGUUUUUAGCUAAUAAAACUACCCUCAAACAGAUAAUAGUAUAAUAAACAAAACAUAGAGUAUUGUUGAAGAUAAUAAUAGAUCAGCAUUGUAUAAUAAUCCAAACGGAAUCAGUGGAAUGAUAAAUUAAAGCUAUUUAACAGACCGUAGUGGCUAAAGUUAAAGAUUAUUUCAAUAGCCUGGCUCGCAAGUUUAUUAAUAAUGGAGGAAUAAUCUUGAAAAUAAGAUGUAACUGAUAGACCAUAAAAAUAAUUAGCCAAAGAUCAAUGAUAAUUCAAAGAGAAUGAUUGAAAGUAAAAGAUUCAACAAUAGUGGGUAAAAGAAUAAUUCAGUCCAUUCAAGAUUGCAUUAGUAAGCUGUUUCAAAACAGAGAUCAUUAUAGAGAUAGCAACAACAAUUGAUUGAUUAACAGCAAUAAAUGUCUAAAAAUAGAAGUUUUGUAAACAACAACUCAGGUUCUAAGCUAAUUAAUUAAAAGUUCCAAAACCAAAUAGGCAAUACUAACAGAUCAUUCACUCAAUCAGGAAGAAACUCUCCAAAUAGAGGAAAUUAUUAAGAUCCAAUUGGUUAACUUUAAAAAUUGAAAUAGAUAAAUAAUGAUUUGAGUCACAGAAACAUUUAGAAUGCUCGAGGGAGUAUCAUUACAACUAAAUAAUCAUCAGAAAGAACAUUUGCUCCAUUACCUAAACCCAUUCUAAAUUAUGGAGAAAGACUCUAUUAAAAAGGUAUCAAGAGAAAGGAAGAAAUUGAGAGGCACAUUAGAGAAGCUAAAAAUCAUUAAGAAUAGGAAGAAUAAGAAUAAUUUACCUAUCAACCAUAAAUAAAUAAUAUUAGCAGGAGUUUACCCAGGAAUGAAGAUAAUCUUCUUAAGUAUGGAUAACAGACAAGAGAGAGGAUUGAAUAAAAAAGAACAGAAUUAUUACUGUAAGAAUAAUCUGAAUGUUUGUUUAGACCGAUGAUUACUAAAAAGUCAGCAAAGUUGCUAUCUGAAAGAUAUAAUAAUAAUGGUGAAUCAUUAACUAGAAAUGGUCAUGGCUCAAAAGAUAAAUUCUCUAAUUUGUAUGAAGAUGCAAGAAGAAGAAAAGAAAGAUAAGAUAAAAUAUACUCAGCAUGUGUUGAAUCUGAAUGCACCUUUUAACCAGAUACUUAAGUCACAAAGUACUAUUAUCAAAGAAUGGAAAGCAAAGACCCAAACAAAACUGGAAUGAGUAACUUUGAUAGAGCCAAUUCAAGAGAUAAUUCAAUGAGAAAAAAUAAGAAUAACACCACACUGAAUAAUGAUCUAUUUGAUCCUGAAUCAGGAUAACCAUUCUUUAAACCUAAAGUAGGUAGAGGACCUAGGAAAUAACAUAGACCAGAUCCCAAAGAUUAACCAGGCGGAGUAAGUAUGGCACUUUAUGAUCAAUCAAAAGCUUUAAGAUAGAAAAUAGAGGAUAAGAAAUAAAGAGCUAUUGAAGAAAGAGAUAAUCAAGCCAAAACAGUGUUUACAAGAGAUCAUACAAAUAGGAUAGUUGAAAAGAUGAAGUUAUAGAAAUUCAGUGAGCUCUUUAAGUAACUUGACUCUGAUGGUGAUGGAUAGGUUUCAGCUAAUAGAAUAGACAUUUCUAAGCUUAGUCCAGAAUUGCUUGAAGUAUUAACGCCGCUAUUUUGUGAAAUGGAAGAACUAGGACAAACUUUAGAUGAAGAUGAAUUUAUUGAUGCUGCAGGGAGACUUUAUGAUAGUGUACCUUUGCCCUAAAAAAAUAUUAUAUUGCAAACCAAGUAAAAAUGGUCUGAGAAGAGUAAGAUUUAAUAAGAUCUCUAAUUCAAGCCCUAAUUGAAUCCUAACUCAUUGAAAAUUGCUGCAUCCAAAAGACCAAAGGAAGAUGUAGCGGAUAUCUUAUUAAGAAAGAAAUAAGAAUACAAUCAAAAGGUAUAUGAAAAACUUCAAGAAAAAGAAAACAUGGAAUUAGUAGGCUGUACCUUCCAUCCUAAAAUUUUAUAGUCACCGUAAUCAGAGGGAAAUAAUUCUUUCAGAAAUUACCCAAGAUCUUCAUCAAAGGGAUUUAUGAAUAGAAAUCAUGCAAAUAUAAACCUGAAUCAUUCUCAAUAGAGUCUAAACUUGAACCAUAGUCAUAACUAUGGUAUGAAGUAGCCUGUGAGUUCAAGUUUUGAUAUAAAUAAUUUAGCUCAAAAUAUAGCAAAUGAAAUUUAUAGCAAAUAAAUCCCGCAUUCAACAACAAACAAUCCAGUAAUGAAUAAUUUAUUAAGGGGAGGGAAUGGACUUCCAAUGGGAUAAAGAUACAAUAAUUAAGAUAUUAGUAAUAGUAUGAUAAAUAAUGAAAAUGCUUACAAUAGCAGCCAUCACAUGGCAGGAGGACUCGGCACCUAUAAAAAUUAAGGCUUUAAUACACUGGAACCCUCUAGAUUAAAUAAUUUUUCUGGUACCAAUCCUCAUAUAUAGGAUAUGAUGGGAAGAGAUAUUCUCCAAAAUCAAUACUAGUAAUAAUAAUAUAGAGGGAUCUAUGGCAGCUAGGGUAGAAGCGAAAAUUCUCAAAAAUUAAUUAUGAUGCAAUGA